GGGGUUGUAUAGAAAAAGGGAGGGUGCAAAUAGCAACUCAUAAAAAGGAUCUAACCGUUUUGUAAAUUUGAUAUUAGGGCCCAAAGAUAAGUCCCAAUUCAGUACAGAACCAUUAACCAACAACCAUCGAAUCCAACACCAAACUCCGAUCAUCAAUUCCGUUUAACUCCUCCGGCCACCUUCCCACCGCAUCUCCCAUUCCAAUCCGAACAAUGGAAUCGGAUUCUCCAAGAUCCGAAUCCCAAUCGGACCCUCUCCGAAACACACUGGACGAACUUUGCCACGAACUUAACUCCCUCCAAGACCUAGCCAACCGCGGCGCGUGGCGUUCCAUCAUCGACAAAGUUGCACGCGCCAGAGCCCUCUCUCUUCUCCAAAAACCUCACGAUCACCUCACCUACCUCACCUUCAACACCCUCGCAUUCACAAAACUACGUCGUUUCAACGAAGCUUCCGCUGAACUCGAUUCCGUCGAAGAUCUCGAUAGUUCUCACUACAGAUACGAAACCUACCCCAAAAUUUACCCUAAUCGUGUCGGAUCAAUGGUUCCUUUUUCUCUCCGAUGGCUCCAUGCGUUAAUUCCAAUCAAGUUAGGUCAACGCCAACAAGGAAUCGAUCGAUUAUACUCUCUUCUCGAUUUUGUGCGUGAGAAGAUUAAGGACAAGGAAAACGGUAAUUUCGCCGUUUCGCUUCGUGUGUGGAGAAAAAGAGAGGUUUUUGUUGUGAACUGUAUAAUUGGUCAUCAUUUGAGUCACAAAGAGUUUGGUGUGUGUUUGAGUUUGAUGAAAAACUUACUUUCUCGUGAUUCUUUUGAUCCUUUUUUGAUUUCGCAACUUGGGUACAUUCAAUUGCAAACUGGCGACUUGGAAGGUGCGAAAGCUUCGUUUUUGAAAGCUGAAGUGGAAGGGAAGAGCAAUGGGUCAUUGAGUGAGGUUGAGUUUAAGAAUUUAGUUAACCGAAACAAGGCUUUGGUAUAUAUGGUUGGGAAGGAUUAUGUAUCUGCUGUGAGGGAAUAUGACGAGUGCAUUGAGAGGGAUCAUAGUGAUAUAGUGGCUUUUAAUAAUAAGGCUCUUUGUUUGAUGUAUUUGAGGGAUUUGUCUGAUUCUAUCAAGGUGUUGGAAAAUGCUCUUGAAAGGGUUCCUACUGUUGCUCUUAAUGAGACUCUUGUUGUUAAUUUGUGUAGUAUGUAUGAGUUGGCUUAUGUUAAUCACUCUGAUAUUAAGAGAACACUUAGUAGUUGGAUUGCUCGUGUUGCUCCUGAUGACUUUGAUGCAACAUGUACUCGUACAUGAGAGUGAGUUUCAGAAAACAUGACAGGUAGAUGUUUUUCCUUUUGCAAGUGGAAGUGGGGAUUUCGUUUACCAUGUGCACUGAAUGUUUCAGGUCAUAUUUCCGUCUUCAUUCUAUGUGAGUUACCCGUAAAUGGCAACAUUGGCUGAUGCAAGACCUGUGAUUCUUCCAUCCCACAUAUCUGAUAAUUUUCUUUUGGAUCCCAAACUUCUUGAAUCCAACCUUACCGAAAGAUCAAUACUACUUAUACUCCGUUUGCCAUGUAACCCAACAUGAUUUGUCUACCCUGAGAAAUACUUUAAGAAAUAGCACAAAUCGUAGCAAAGCACCCCAGGCUUCUGAUACAAACAUACAUCCAUGAUUGUCAUGAAUGUGUUCUCCUAAGUGAUAAUUUCCUUUGAAGAUCUCUAUGGAUGCUUUUUACAGGUUAUCUCUGUUGAAAUCUGCGAACAUAUGACCUAUGAACCAACCACUUAUACAAUUACAAGCUUUUCUUCUUUACCAGAUGGGACAGAACUCUAACUGUUAAUGGAUUUCAUGAAGUUAGUUAAUUUGUAAUGGUAUCUUCUGUUACUUAUAGAAUGGAAAUUUUAAGUUUCAAUUAGUAAUUACUGUAAUUUUCUUUUUUGGGUAGUUUUGAAGUGUUUGUGUUGCACUGUUAUUUAUCCCAUUUUUUAUUUUCAACUCGAUCCAAAUUCUGUAUUAAUUCGUUUUAAAUCGUGUUGCUGUAAACAUUUGCAAGGACUGGUUGACAAGUUGGGUCUGUUGGGUCUUUUGCCGGUCUAGAACAUUUUGUUGCAGUAUGUGGGAAGAUUCGAAGUUCUAUAUUC